GUGGAGAUGCGAGUUACUUCCCUUUAUUUGUUAUUUUCCUUUCGUUUCAUUCAUUAUUUAACUUUUCUGUCAUCAGACCAACACGAUGCAAGGGGGGAAAUGUAUUGCAAUAAUUGGUGCUGGUGCAAGCGGGCUAACAGCUAUUAAAAGCUGCCUGGAUGAAGGUCUUGAACCUGUCUGCUUUGAAAAGUACGAUGUUACUGGAGGAUUGUGGUGUUAUAAAGAAGAAAGUGAACUCGGUCGCUCGACUGUUAUGAAAUCGACUGUGAUAAACACUAGCAAAGAGACGAUGGCGUACAGUGACUUUCCUCCUCCAAUACACUUCCCUGUUUAUAUGCACAAUUCGUAUGUUUUAAAAUAUCUGCAUAUGUAUUCCGAAAAAUUUAACUUGGACAAAUAUAUCCAGUUUUUCAUUGAGGUCACGAAAGUCGAAAAAUCUGAUGAUUUUACCGCUUCUGGUCAAUGGAAAGUGUACACUAGAAACUGCAAAUCAGGUGAAGAAAAUGUCGCUACAUUUGACAGUGUCCUAGUUUGUACUGGGCAUCAUGCUGCUCCAAAAAUCCCAUCAUUUCCUGGCAUUGAAAAGUUCAAAGGACAAGUAAUUCAUUCUCAGCUCUACAAACACAGUAAGGGUUAUGAAGACAAGAGAGUUGUUGUAAUAGGUUUUGGAAAUUCUGGUGGUGAUAUUGCUGUUGAAGUCUCUAAUACCACAGCCCAAACAUAUCUAAGUACAAGACAUGGAGCAUGGGUAAUCAAUCGAGUGGCAGAUAAAGGUUAUCCUAUAGAUAUGUUCAUUCAGAAAAGAUUUCUAAACACCGUAAUGAAAUUAGCACCAUCAGUUGGCAAUACUUUAGCUGAAUGGAAACUGAAUCAGCGUUUCGACCAUGCACUAUAUUCAAUAAAACCUAAACAUUCAUUUCAAAGCCAGCACCCGACAGUAAAUGAUUUACUUCCUAACAAAAUAAUUACGCAUUCUGUAAUUAUAAAGCCAGAUGUUCAAGAAAUAACAGAGAAUGGAAUUCAGUUUGUUGAUGGCACUUUUGAAGAUAACAUUGAUACAAUAAUUCUUGCAACUGGUUAUGACAUUAAAAUACCUUUCAUUGCAAAAUCAAUUCUUGAUACAGAAAAAAAUAAUUUUCAUUUAUUCAAAUACAUUUUCCCACCUGACCUUGAGAAACCUACUUUGGCUUUAAUUGGUUUUGUACAGCCUAUUGGAGCACUUCUGCCGAUUUCUGAGCUUCAGUGCCGUCUUGCAACACGUGUUUUCAAGGGUGAUGUGAUUCUACCACCUGCUGCAGAUAUGUGGAAAGAUAUUAGAGAAAAGGAAAUUGAAGUACGAAAGCGCUAUGUAAAAAGUGAAAGGCAUACAAUCCAAGUAGAUAUUAUUGAUUACAUGGAUGAACUUGCUGAAAUGAAUGGUUGCAAGCCUAAUUUUAAAAAAAUGCUGUUUUAUGACCCUUCUUUAGCUCUAUAUUGCAUAUUUCAAUCUUACACCCCAUACCAGUAUCGACUGGUGGGUCCUGGAAAAUGGGAUGGAGCAAAGGAAGCUCUCUAUGGAAUUUGGGACAGAACCCUAACAGCAAUUUCACAAAAGUCUGUACAUACUGAGAGUGGUGGAAUGACACAGAGUGGUGGAAUGACACAGAUGUUAUUGAAGGCAUUUUGUUUCCUUGGUUUGGUCUUCAUUUUAAACUGGAUGUUCCAAUUUUUUUAAAUAUGCUGUUGGCUGUAUGUUUUUGAUGCUAGAUUGACAACACCUAUCACAAGUUCAAACUUAAUCAUUACUUGUACUAUGCAUAUUACUUUCAUUUUGUGUGUGAUAUCUUGGGAGGAUCAUUAUUUGUCAAUUAGUUAACUAUUUAGCCAAUUAACUAAUGUUAGUUAGGUUUGUCAAAGUCCUUUCAUCACCAUUUGCAACCUCAUCAAUGACAUUCCUAGAUCUGGAGCAGUGGGGGUUUGUCAUUGAUGGGCUACAAAUGGUACCAAAAAGACUUCAACAGACCUUGCCGAUUGAUUGAUUGGUUAACAGAAUGUUUAAUUAAAUUAUUGAUUAAUUAAUUGGUUAAAUGGUUAGCCAGUUGACUAAUAAUAAUAGAAGAAUAAAAUAGAACCGGUGUGUUUAUUAUUGGUAUACUGACCCUCCUGAAAAUACAUUUCAACAUACAGUUGUCAUCAAGAACAAAAACAAAACAUAUCGCUUUCUCAUUCCUGAUUUAUGAUUAUCCCAGCUGAAAUAUAGGCUCUAUUAUCUUUUAUUCCAUAACUGAGUAUUUGUCCAUCUCAUAAGCAAUCAAUUCAGAUUUCCAAAUUUGUAAAGACAUCUGAUUUUAAUUCCCAUACAAAUACAUAUAAAAAUAUUUUUUAUAACUUAAAAUUUGGAUUCAUUCAACCAAUGAAAUCUCAGUAUAAAUUAUAUGUAUAAAAAUGUUAAAACAGUUUGGUAAAUAAUCUGAUCAAUACUUAUAUUUACACCACGUGUAUAAUAUAUACUGAUUCAGUUAAUACACUUUCAUUAAUCAAUAAGGUGAUUAAUGCUACCUUUUUGUUUCAAUAAACAGGCUGUAGCAGCAUUCAUACAAUUCCUAAUAAAUAACAUUAGAGAUAUAAAUGAAGUAAAACAGUUUUAGCUGAAAAUGGAAGUCAGAUUAAAAACUCCACCUAUCAGCAAUAUAUUUUCAUUUAUAUUUCAUUUAUAUUCAGAAAUAGAAAACAGAGUUAUGAGCUGCUUCCAGAGUUGUAAAAUUAUAGGUUUUGGAAAUUAUGAUGCUUGAUUUGAGCCUAUGGUUCACUUGUUGAAUAUCUGUUGGUGACUUUUACUACGUAUUCAACUUGAAAUGUUCUUGACUGUUAGAUAUAAAGAACAGUUUAUCAUACUGCUGAAAAUAAUAACAAUUUUGAUAAUGAUAUAUGAUAAUGUGAUAAUUACUAUGAAGAUUGAAAUGAUGUAUAAAUGAUAUGAUAAUUUCUAUGUAAAUUUUGAUGAUUUA